AUGAGAAACAACAAGUGGAUCAAUAGGAGGAGCAUCUCAAACAACAUUCAAUCAUCAUCACUCCUCAUCAUCCUCGUAUUCCUAGCCACCCUAGGAUUCGCCUUGGCAGGUGGCAUGGACGAAAAAGUCUUACAAAACGGACUCACUCCCGCUGCUUUAAAUUCCCGCGUUGUAGAUUCUGCUACGACGGUUUUUCAAGCAAAAGAAGAAGACGAUGCGUUAGUGAUGAGUAGCGGUGGUGGUAGAGGUACCUCUCAUGACACCAUGAUGAUGGAGGAUGAUACCUCGGUGAUGAUGAAUUUGAUGAAUUUUGGAUCGGUACUGAGCGAAGAGGAAUCUAUGAAGAAUACUUUAAAUCAUGGAGCUAGUACUACUACAACAACAACUACAUUGGAUGUUUCCAACAUGUUGAGCCAUUUGAUGGAAGAGGAUAUGGAAUCAACAUCAUCAUCGACUCUUAAUCUUGGAGAAGAAGCAGAGGAAGAAGCCAUUGCUGAAUUGGAAAGUGGAUCUCUGAAUGAUUCCGAGAUGAAUGAAAUGAUGGAAAAUUUACAACAAGAAACUGGACUUAUGGACGCUGAAAUUGAACAAGCGGCCAGUAACGCCCAUGAAGGCUUUACAUUGGAUGAAGUGUUGGAUUCGAGUGGAGUCUCUACGCUCUCAACCAAGAGUGAGCAACAAUUGGAACAUCAACGCUUUCUGACUCGUUCCCAACAACAUGCCAAGAUGAAUGAAUUUAAUUGCAAUCCAUUGUGUUUGAAACGAAAAGGAUUUAUUGGACUUGUGAAAAAGACAUCCCGAACACGAGCAUUGAUUAAAUUGUUGAGAAAGAGAAGAUCCUUGAUCAACAAGAAGUUGUAUCCUUUGCAACAACUCCAAAUCAAGGCAAGAAGAACUUUGGAGGAAACCAAAGAUCCAGAACAACAAGCAGAGGCUCAACACAACAAGAUCAAGACAGAGAGAGAAAUUUCUCGUUUAUUACGAUUGAAAAAGAUGAAUAAUGAGAAAUUGAAGAAUGCCCUCAAUAAUCUUAAAAAACUCAAAGCUCGUAAGGCAAAGGCUUACUUGGUUUUGAAGAAGGCGAUCACUCUUCAUAUUGCAAAAUUGUUGAAACGAUACAAGAGUGCUCUCAGUAGAAAGAUGAGCGCUGUUAAAGUUCGAAAGGCACAAAAGGAAAAGUUUGGAAAGAAGAAAUUUAUUCCACCCUAUCUUGUCAAUUAUGCCAAAUUGGACGUGUUGAUUGCAAAUAAGAAGUACUUUAAUGCUCUCUACUUUUUAUUCAAGAGACAACUCUUUGUAUUGAACCAUUUAAUUCAUCACCGUUCUAAAGUGUUGAAUUUGCUCACUUUUGAGAAUGGUCGUGCUAAACUCUUCGCCUUAAAGUCACAACAAGUGAAGGAGGAUAAUGAAAAGUUGGAAAAACAACUCGAUGCAACCAAGAGUGAGGUCGAAAAGGCCAAAAUCAAGGGACAAAUCGAAGUGAACAAACUCAAACUCGUUCAAUACAAGAAGCACGUGGCCACUUGCACCAUUUUAAUUAAGAGAGCGCAAAAGGCCCUCACAAGUAUUGCUAACAAGUUGAAGGAAGCAAGCAAAGUGUUAUCGUCUCGUAAAGUGGAUCUUCCUAAAGAUUUGAGAAAAUUAUUGCAAGACAAGUACAACGCUGAACAAGCUGUAGUGGACAAGAAAAGAGCCAUCAAUGAGGCUGCUGUGAACAAGGACGAACUUAAUGCUGCCUUACCAAAACCUAUCGAUUACUCAUCCAAGGAUUACUUUAUUUUACCACUCAAGAAGAAUAACAAGCCAUACGUGUGUACGACCAAUGAAAAACCAGAUCCAAAGGAAUUGCUUGAUGGUGUUUCAAUUACCAAGGAUGUGUUAUUUAAACCACUCAUUUGUUUCCACCAAUCUAAAAUCCGUGUGAAGGUUACUUACAAGAUUGGACAAGACACUAUUUUCAUUUCGAAAUAUCAUUCGACAUGGAUUCGACAAAAUAUGAGACUUUAUCUCAAUAAGAAGGGUAAAUUAGUGGUUCAAAAGAAGGGUUACAAGCAAUUGAAGAAACCUGCCUCUCCUGCAUUCAAGAAGAGAAAGGUCUUCUCAGAUCGUGUCAAGUACAUUCAAACACAUCCAUCCACUGCAAGAGCUGUGAUCAAAUCCUUUGUCAUGAAGUACUAUUCAUUGCCCGCUGAGGACUUUAGUUUGUCAUUCUCCAUUGGUCGUGGUUUGGCAGGAAAAAUCAAAAAAUCACCACGAAAGAUUCGAACAACUAACAAUCCUCAACCAACUAACAAUCAACCUCGACCAUAA